AUGGUACAUACCACAAAUACUGCGAAGUCUGCAAAAACAACUUCAAAAAAUAAACAAGUAAAUAAUAAAGUCAACAAAACUUCUAAAAAGGAAACAACACCUAAAUCAGAAAUUAAACCAACAAGAAAAAUGGCCACUCCACGAUCAAGAGGCCGUGGUAAACGCAUAAACAACACACCUACUCGUUCUUCACCCCGGAUCGUGCGGAGAUCCGCCUCAUACCCAAACGCUGUUAAUAGACAUUUCGUCGACAGUAUUCCCAUCCUGGAAAUUACCCUUCGAUUUGAUGAGGACGAGUAUGAUGUCUGGAGAAGACAAGAUACGGAUGAAGUAAAUCUUUAUUAUUUGUUACGCAUUAAAUAUCCCCGAGACGAAGACGAAGAGAUGUGGCUUCGGGAAUUAGAAAAGCUAAAAGAAGAAAUAAAGGAAAUUCGAAUUAUUGAAGAUGGCUGGUUUGAAGGAGUCUGGGUUCCGCUUGAACGAGCGAAAGAUAUUGCUCAAAAAUAUAAUAUAUAUGAACACGUCGCUGCAUUAUUAGAAUCAGAAAAUAGUUGGUUUGAUACUCCCAAAAAGCAAUCUUCAAAAAGCAAGAAUAAUGAUCGUGGAACGCCAACCGUGACUCCAUCACAAAAACCAGAAAACGAAGUUCAAACAAAUGGUACUUCUGCAAUCCCAAAUAACCGCUCAAUUUCAACGAGCAAUACUUUACAGCAGAAUGGCAAUGUUAAACCUGAAAGUGAAAAAAGUGAAAAUAAAACCCCAAGAAGAACUUCAGCAAGAUUACAUCCUUCCCAAGUCAAGCCAGAAUCUUCAAAACGUCCCAGGGAAGUUGAAAAAGAACGCGAUAAUUAUAAGGAAGAAGUACAAAGUUUGAAACGAAAAAUGGACGAAACAGUAGAAUAUCUAAAUUAUAGCGGAAGCAACAAGAGACGUGCGCUUUGGGCAGGUAUUGGAGCGGCAGUUGGUGCGGGCAUUGCGGCUGUUACUUUAAGCAGUCUGGGCGUUGGCGUUCCCGACAUAGCAGCUGGCGUGAAUGCUAGUUUUAAUGCUGUAGCAAGCUCGAUAAGCAAUUUUCUUUAA